AUGGCUCCCUGGGCAGGUGUUGAGGCCCCACUUCGAUCUGGGCUCUGUUUGGGGGUUGCAUGCCAUGAUGCCCACCCAAUACUAGUUCUAAUACUCUUUGCCAGUGUGUUGGUGACUCGGCUUGAGGCUGCUAAACUCACUGUGGGCUUCCAGGCUCCCUGGAACAUCUCCCACCCAUUCAGUGUGCAAAGGCUGGGCGCAGGCCUCCAGAUUGCCAUGGACAAGGUCAACUCAGAGCCCGCGGACCUUGGAAACUUCAGCUGGGAGUUCACUUACACCAACUCAACCUGCAGCAUCAAGGAGUUUCUUGCUGUUUUCACCAACCAGGUCCAGAGAGAACAGAUUUCUGCCCUGUUUGUACCAGCAUGCCCAGAAGCAGCAGAGGUUAUUGGUUUGCUGGCUUCUGAGUGGAAUAUCCCCGUGUUUGACUUUGUUGGUCAAACAGCAACAUUGGAGAACGACUUCUUGUAUGAUACCUAUGUGAAGCUUGUGCCACCCAUGCAUGAACUUGGUGAUGUGCUCCAGAAAACUCUCCAGUACCUGGGCUGGAAACACAUCGGGAUGUUUGGAGGACACUCUGGGAUUUCCUCCUGGGAUAGAGUGGAUGAGCUGUGGAGGGUUGUAGAGAAUGAACUCAAAUCCCAUUUCACCAUCACUGCCAGGAUCAGAUAUACCAACAAUGAUCCAGCCCUCCUGCAAGAGAAUCUUAGGAACAUGUCAGCAACUGCCAGGGUUAUUAUCUUAAUCUGCAGCUCAGAGGAUGCGAAAAUCAUUCUGCUGGCUGCAGAGAACCUGGGACUCCACACAGGAGAAUUUGUCUUCGUCGUUUUGCAGCGGUUGGAGGACAGUUUUUGGAAGGAGGUAUUAACAGAUCAGAAUGGGACACACUUUCCCACCAUCUAUGAGUCUGUGCUUGUCAUCACGCCCAGCUCCUCCGGAGAAGGUCCUGGAGAGGAAGGCUUCCGACAAGAAGUCUACCAAAGGCUGAGGGGGCCACCUUUCCACAGCUCCAUCUCUGCAGAGGAGCAGGUGAGCCCUUACUCUGCCUACCUUCAUGACUCGGUCCUGCUCUAUGCUCAGACUGUGAAAUUCAUGAUCAAGGCUGGAAGAGAUUUCCGGGAUGGACGCCAGCUGGUCAGCACUCUGAAAGGUUUUAAUCAGACUACAUUGCAGGGAGUCACCGGCCCAGUGUUUGUGGACUCCCAGGGAGAAAGGUGUGUGGAUUACUCAGUCUAUGCCCUACAGAAAUCCAGCAACGGGUCCCUCUUCCUUCCUGUUCUUCGCUACGACAGCUAUCAGAAAGAAAUCAGACCAGUGAGGAAUUUCUCCACUAUUACUUGGCCCCAUGGCUCCCUUGCUGUAGACAAACCUGGCUGUGGAUUGGACGAUGAGCUCUGUGAAAGUGAGCUUGCUUUCACAGGUGUGACUGUUAUGAUUCUCCUGAUGACCUUCCUGGUCACUGUCUUGGGAACUGCCAUCAUAGGUCUGAUUUUAAGGAUGCAGAAGGGAAAACUGCAGAGGCAAAAUAGAGACAUUUGGUGGCAGAUCGAUUAUAAUGCCAUCACUAUUCUGCCCCAGGACAAGCCACCCCGGAGGGGCACACCUGUGUCGAGAGAGAACAACAGCCACGAGUCUAGUGUGAAGAUUUCCGGGGACGUCAGCUCCUUUGUCCAGAGUCAGCAGGGGGAAGCACUCUUCCAUGCCCCAGUAGGGCUUUACGAGGGAAACUAUGUGGCCAUCUGCUAUGUUGGUGACCAAGCAGAAGCCAGGAUCAGGAAGCCCUCUGUGCUGCAGGAAAUCCGGCUGGUGUAUGAAUUAAGGCAUGAAAACAUUGUUCCCUUCUUCAGUGUCUGCACAGAAGCACCCAACAUCUGCAUUAUCACUCAGUAUUGCAAAAAGGGAAGUCUUAAGGAUGUUUUGAGAAAUUCAAAUAAUGAAAUGGAUUGGAUAUUCAAGCUCUCAUUUGCAUAUGACAUAGUCAAUGGCAUGCUGUUCCUUCAUAGGAGCCCACUGAGGUCCCAUGGGAACCUGAAGCCUUCCAACUGCCUGGUGGAUGGUCGGAUGCAGGUGAAGCUGUCGGGAUUUGGGCUGUGGGAACUCAAGUAUGGCCGGACAUACAGAACCUAUAAUGAGAACACCAAAGACCACUCAGAGCUCUACUGGACUGCCCCAGAGCUGUUGCGGCUCCCAGAGGCGCCCCGGUCAGGCACCCCAAAAGGAGAUGCUUACAGCUUCGCCAUUGUGAUGAGGGAGCUGAUCCACCCGCAUGCGCUCGGGCCUUUUGAGGACCUCAACGAGACACCAGACGAAAUCCUCAGCCGAAUCCGAGACCCCAGGGCAUCGGUUCCACUGCGACCUUCCCUGCGAGAGGACAAGGCCAAUGAGAAGAUCGUGGUCCUGGUGAGGACGUGUUGGGAUGAGUCACCUGAGAAAAGACCCACAUUCCUUUCCAUCAAAAAAAUUCUACGAGAUGCCAGCCCCAAAGGCCACAUGAGCAUACUAGACAGUAUGGUGAGCAAGCUGGAAGUGUACGCCAAUCACCUGGAGGAGGUGGUGGAAGAGAGGACCAACCAGAUGAUGGCAGAGAAGAGGAAGGUGGAUAAGCUUCUGUCCACAAUACUGCCCAGCUUCAUUGGAGAACAGCUUAUAGCUGGAAGGUCCGUGGAACCAGAACAUUUUGAGUCCGUGACCAUCUUUUUCUCUGACAUCGUUGGAUUCACAAAACUCUGUUCUCUCAGUUCUCCCUUGCAAGUUGUGAAGCUCCUCAAUGACCUCUACAGUUUAUUCGAUCACAUCAUUGAAACUUACGACGUGUAUAAGGUCGAAACCAUUGGAGAUGCAUACAUGGUGGCUAGUGGACUUCCCAUCCGCAAUGGAACUCGGCAUGUGGAGGAGAUUGCCACCAUGGCCUUGCACUUCCUCAGUGCCACCGUCCACUUCCAGAUCGGGCACAUGCCUCAGGAGAAGCUCAAGCUCCGCAUUGGCCUCCACACAGGUCCUGUGGUGGCUGGUGUGGUGGGAACCACUAUGCCCAGAUACUGUCUGUUUGGAGACACUGUGAACAUGGCCUCCAGAAUGGAAAGCAGCAGCCUGCCUCUCCGGAUUCACGUCUCUCAGAGCACCGCAGGCGCCCUGCUGGCAUUGGGAGGGUACAAUUUGCAAAAGAGAGGCACCAUUUCAGUCAAGGGCAAAGGAGAACAAACAACUUUCUGGUUGAAAGGCAAAGAAGGCUUCUCUAUCCCCCUCCCCGAAUUUACUGAGGAAGAGGCUGAAGUCCCAGAGCUCUUCUGA